GUAAUGCAGACUUUAAUGUGCCUUGUGGUGAAUUUGCAGUCCUCGCAUGUUGACAACUGCGGACUUUAUUUAAAUAAUACAUGACAAAAAACUGGGUCCUGUACCAUUUCCAAGUAUCCAAUGUGAUGAGAGCGUGUCCAAAAUGUGCCAACCAACCCGGGUGGCCCCUCCACGCAUGAACCGGCAAAUGGGCGGGCCGGCUGCUCAGCUGAUGGCUGAGCAUCGCCACACAAUUCCCGUGUUCGGUGCGUGGAUGUGUGGUCACACGAGAGAUUUUCUCGUCAAUUACUCCCAAUGUGGAAACCUUCAUGAAAGUGCGUCGGGAACUUGAUGGCAUCUCUCCGCCGCGGGAUGCACCUGAAGUUCGGUGAUGGGGAGAAGAAUCCCAUGGAGCCACGGAGCUGCUGUCAUCCUGCUGGCCGUCAUCAUGCGCUUUUGUCGGGCCAUCACUCUGGAGUCCAUCCUGUGGAGCAGCGCCAACACAAAAUUUACUCCGGGUCAAGGUCUGGUUCUCUAUCCUCAAAUAGGAGACAAGAUGGACAUUGUCUGCCCACGGGCGGAUGCUUCCAAGGGGGAAAAGGAGGAGUUCUACCGAGUUUAUCUCGUCCCCCGAAGUCAGAUGGAGAGCUGCUCCAUAGACAAGAAGAAUGCACCACUGCUGAAUUGUGACAAACCACACCGGGAUGUCAAGUUCACGUUCAAGUUUCAGGAGUUCAGCCCCAACUUGUGGGGGCUGGAGUUCCUCAAAGGGAAGGAUUAUUACAUCACCUCCACAUCGACAGGCUCUCCGCAAAGUCUGGAUAACACUAACGGAGGUGUGUGCAGAACUAAAUCCAUGAAGCUGGUGCUGAGAGUCGGACAAAGUUCUUCAGACUCUGAAUCGACACUUCAGGAGUCCCCAACUCGAUUUCCCCCGACACAAUCGAAACCUAAAGGAAAGGAUGCUGCAAAAGAUAAUGCUAUCAAGAACAGCACUGACGCAGGCUCAGAAGCAGGGCAGCUCAACCCCGGUGGCAGUGGCGGCACGCAGCCAGGACUCUUGAUAUGGGUUGUCUCGGCCUGUGUGAUCCUCCUCCUUCUCAUCAUCAUCCUGUCGGUCGUGGCGUGGAAGUGCCGUCGCUGUGUCCCAGAUAGGCAGCAGUCUGCGUCUGUGUCCCUCAACACUUUAGCUGUGCCAAAGCGGGACAGCAUCAGCAGCGACAACAUCGGCUCGGACCGCAGCGAGGUCGUUUUUCCUCUGCAGGCCUCUGACAGUAGACUGUGUCGACAUUUUGAGCGUGUGAGCGGCGACUAUGGACCCCCUGUGUACAUAGUUAAGGAGAUUACACCUCAGACUCCAACCAACAUUUACUAUAAAGUCUAAUGUUGGCUGCUUGUACUGACAUUCUCUCCUCGCUGUUAACAUCAGGAUGGAUGUGAGACCUGACGACAAACUUCAAUAAUAAUUUUUUUCUCUCCUCAAGAGACAAUCAGAGAGGAAUAUCACUGGCCCUCAAAUUGAUUCUGAUUUGUAAAAAUGUUUUAAAUAUAUUAAUUUAACAUAUAGACAAGCAGUGUAUUUAUAGUCUGAACCCGUAUCUUCAGUAAGUGUGUAUGUCUGUGGACGGAUCUGAUGUUGCAUCCCGACAUUACAUUGUAAAAAUAUACCGUCAUGCUUUUUCUAGGACUUGGCAACAAUAUUAACACAUUUUACAUUGAAUUUAUACAUUUCUAUCUUAGGGUUUUGUCUUAUUUUAUGGCCCCAGUUAUCAAUGACAUGUGGUCAGGAGAGGUAGGGGAGGAAGAGCCUCACCUGUCAACAUGGAAAAGAUUAUAACAUAAAAUAAAUAUUAAUAUUGGUUCAUUGAACUGUGUUAUAAUUGUAUUUUCUGUGUGAUUUCA